AUGAUCAUUAAUUAUAAUAAAGUAUCUGGCUCAGCAUUAAUACAAGCAAUGAAUUUACCAACUUCUCCCAGUGAAGUUUUACCUAUCAGCUGUAAUCCACAGUUCAGUCCAUUAAGUCCUUUACAUCAGCCCACUUGCCACUUUUGUGGGCUGUUUGGAUCCUUAAGAUGCACACAGUGUAAGCAGAUAUGUUACUGUUCUGUGGAUUGUCAGAGGAAAGAUUGGCAAAUGCAUAGUGUUGUCUGUAAACCAAGUAAACCAAAUACAAAUAAAGCUGAAGAUUAUGGAAAAUCACUGGAUGAAGGCAGUAAAAAGGAAAAUAUAUUAUCAGUGAAUACUGAAAAUACGGAAGAACAAGGCAAGAAGAUAAUGCUGUCUGAACUGAGUAAUUUGGGACUUAAAAAAAAUAUGAAAAUAGAAGGUACAAUAACAAAUUUUAAUAAUCCUGGCGAAUUCUACAUACAAGUCAAUUCUCCUGAAGUUCUAAGUAAUAUUAGAAAACUUGAAAUGAAACUGAAAGAAUACAAUAGAAUUAAUCAAGAAUAUAUUCCUGUCAAAGGAGAAGUUGGUGUUGGAAAAUAUUCUGUGGAUCAGACUUGGUGCAGGAUACUCAUAAAAGAAGUAGAUAUCCUCACGAAGAGUGCUCAAGUACUGUAUAUUGACUAUGGAUAUGGAGAAAAUAUACUACUAAACAAAAUCAAAGGAUUGCACAAAGAUAUUUCACAGUUCCCACCCUGCGCCAUUAAGUGUUGCAUUGCUGAUGCUUUUGGUUCAGAAGAAUGGAAUGUAAACUGCAAGAAUAUUAUUGCUCCAAUUCUUAUAGGAAAAUAUUGUUCAUUAAUUAUCAUUGAUGUUUUGAUGGAUGAUAUGCCUUGUUUUGCUGUAGAUGUUGUCUUGUCAGGUUGUGGUAAACACUUGCAUGAAAUUAUCUUGGAAACUAUACAUGAUUGGAAUUCAAACGAGAAGAAUAGUAAGAAGGAAACUUCAGCUAUAGAUCGUACUGUGGAAAAAAAAUCUGUUCUAGAGAACAAAAUGGAAUGGAAAGAGCUGAAUCAUACUGGUUGCUUAACUCCAAAGAUUGUCUCAGUAUCUAUAGGAGAUGCAUUUUUGGGCAUGAUUGCCCAUAUACAAAACCCAGGAGAUUUUUUUUGUCAACAGAUAGAAAAUGGAUGCAAACUUUCUGAGCUUCAACUAUCCCUACGUGAAUAUUGUGAAAAUACCUCGAUCACCCCAGAUUUUCGUCCAGCAAUAGGAGAUUUGUGUUGUGCCCAGUUUACAGAAGAUAACCAGUGGUAUCGUGCAUCAGUGUUAUCCUAUAUUUCAGAGAAAGCUGCUCUAGUGGGCUACAUAGAUUAUGGAAACUUUGAAAUUCUUCAGUUAAGUAGACUUCGACCAAUUGUUCAUAAAUUAAUGGAAUUACCAAUCCAAGCUAUAAAGUGUACCCUAGCAGGUGUGAAACCAGUAUCGGGGAUUUGGCCUACAGAAGCAAUUUCUGUCAUGAAGCAACUGAUCCAGAAUAAAGUGGUUGCCAUAAAAGUCACAGAUAAGAAAGUGAACACUUUUGUGGUAGAAAUUACAAAUGAAUCCGUGACUCCAGCAAUUAAUAUAUCUAAAUAUCUUUUAGAGUUAGGGUAUGCAAUGCAAGAAGCACCUAUCCUUUUGAAACAGAUUGAAACAGUGCAAGAAAUUAAUGGUGAAAAGCAGGAGCGAGUUAAUUGGUCAUGGGUCAGAUUAACUGCUAAACAGGUGGUAAAUGUCAUGGUCUGUGUGUUGUGCAACCCCAGCAAGUUCUAUUGCCAGUUAUUAAACAAAGACGAUUUGAAUGCUCUUAACGAACUCAACUCAUCUUUAGCAGAGUACUGUGAGAAAACAACACCCAACAUUUCCCAAGUAACAAAGGGGAAGGUAUAUGGUGCUUAUUUUUCUGGUGAUGGUAGAUGGUAUCGUGCCCUUGUAAAAGAUGUUAUUUCAUUUGAAAUAAUUAAAGUUCAGUUUGUAGAUUAUGGAAACUGUGAAGAAAUUACUCUGAAUAAAAUUAGACAGAUUUCAUCUACAUUUUUGAAACUUCCAUUUCAGGGAAUCAAAUGUUGGCUAUCAGGUGUGAGGCCCGUAAAUAAGGAAUGGACUACAGAAGCUAUAGCAGCCCUUCAGAUGUGUGCAGCUGGAAAAAAACUGCAGGCCAGAGUAGUUUCUGUAACAACAAAUGGUGCUGAAGUGGAGCUUAUUGACAACUCCAGUAGCAUUCCCAUAAUCAGUGAAAUGUUAAUUAGGGAGCAUUUGGCUCUUAAAAAGGAGUUAUUGUCAAAUCAGAAUACAUUACCCGGUAAAUUGAUAACAAGUGAUUCCCAAGGUAAAUCUACCUGCAUGCAGUGGACAAUGCCCACGUUUUCAGUUGGUGAUACAUUAUCUGUCCAUGUAUUAGACGUGAUAGAUCCUGGCUUAUUUUAUGUUGUACCAAAAGAAAUUAAAGUGGAUCCACAAAAGCUCCAUAAACUAAUGACUGAACUUGCAGAAUACUGCAAUGCUCAAAAUGAUUUCAUCUUCCAACCAAAGAUUGGUGAACCCUGUUGCGCCAGGUUUUCAGGUGAUGACAGUUGGUACCGUGCUGUCGUUUUGGGAAUAAAUGUAUCCAAAGUCAAAGUAGUAUAUGCUGAUUAUGGAAAUACGGAAAUGUUGCCUUUUUCUAGACUUCAGCCUAUAACUGCCCCCUACUUGCAAUUACCAUUUCAAAUACUUAAAUGUUCCUUAGCAGGUAUUAUGGGACUGGAUGGAAAGUGGUCCAUAUCAGCAAUAGAAAAGCUGAAAAGUCUCUUAAUGAAUGGAAGUUUAAUAAUUACAGUGAAAGAAGUUACUCAAAAUAUUUAUCCAGUAAUUGUCCAAAAAAAGAGUGAAAAUAGUAUUUUGGAUAUAGCAGAACAGUUAAUUAUUGAAAACUUGGCAAAAUAUAGCAACACUGAGAAUCAAUGUCCAAAGACAACAGAUUGCUGCUGUACAAAGUUGAAAAAGCAAGUUGCAAAACUUGAACAGGUUAUUUAUUUUCUCCUAAAAGAUCGCUUUGGUGAAGAUAAUAUUCCUGAAAUUAUAAAGCCUUUGGAAAAGUAAAGUUCUGUAUAUAUCAUAUGCUGCAAGAAUAUCAUAUGUUGAAAGAAUAAUGUUAAAAUUUAAUACAUUUUGUUUUUUAAAUCUUACUUAUAUGAAGAGUGGCAAAUCCAUAUGUUUUUCAGACUAUUUUAAUUUGGCUCUCAAAGUUAUAACUGAAUUUGGGUUAUUCACAUGUGGAAAUACAAUGUAGCAAAUGUUGAAUGUAAUUAAUGGAUGUAUGCAGUGUAAACUAGUAUUGUUAAUCUGGCUUUCUGGAGCUGUGUUGUUUCACUAACCUUAACAUGGAUAUGCAAUAUUUGGGGGUGGCAGAGCAGCAUUUAGCCUUUGAGUGAUGAGUCAUGUGGCUGUAUUUUGAAAAACCGGUAAGGUCAGGACAAAAACUGAAUUUGAAUUCCACUUAAAAGAUUUAGUUUGAUUAUUUACUAUAUUUAAUAACUACCUCUUCUGUCAUAUUAAAAUUUAGGUUGGUAACUUGGAGUUUCCAAAGUGCAAGGCUAGUUUUUCUUCCAAGGAAUGCCAUGAAAGUAACUUUGGUGUGGCUUAGAAACAACCAUAUUUUGUGUGCCAUAUGUUUUUCAGAUGCCAUGAUGUACAAUAUUACAAAUGGGUCCAGAAAGUCCAUGACAUUCAAGGGUUGCAAUAUUCUUGGGACAGAUCUGUGCAGAAUCAAAAUGUAUGCAAGAUGAAAACACUGAACAAUCCAUAUUAAAGCAAUACUUUUAU